UAGGUGUCAUUGUGUAGGUUUUCCGCUUCACGAUAUCGAGACAAGCACACUUAUCUCUUUGGGGUUAUUUGGCAGGAGGAAAAUCAAUAAUGGACUAUACCAUGAUGGAUUAAGAAGUCGAGUUUCUGCAUCUAUAAAUGUCUUGAAGCAUGGAAGAUAGCGGCAUUGACAGUGAUCCUAAAACUAUUAGCCAUGUGGAAGAUGAAAGACUCUUCUUGGGCAGCGAUAGCAGUUCCAGCAGUAAUCACACACAAGUACCUCAACGAAACACUGCCAAGCAGUUGCAAAAGAAACUUGAGAUACGUAUUGAACAGGCCAAGCGAAUCCAACGCAACUCUGAUUACAUAAAGCUUCCAAAAUAUGACAACGAGAAUACAAGUAGUUCCAGUUCUGCCGGAUUGAUAUCAAUCCAAAGAUUGCCUAUACCUCACAAGAAUAAGGAACACCUUCCUCUAGUCGAAUAUAGUGAAAGCGAAAGUGGGGACGAGAUGACGCUCUUUCCAGCGAAAUCUAAGGAUUCUUCAAAGCAUAAACAAGAUCUCACCGACACAUUCAGCAUCGAGGAAUUGAGUGACGAAAGCGAAGACUCUUUGAACUUGGAUCCAGCACAGCCACCGCAUCCCUUUAUGAGAACUUACGUACCUACCAGAUGCUUCGCUUGCCAAUGUCAUAUAAUGUAAUUUAACAUAGUCUACCUAUGGACACGCCACCAAUUACCAACUAAAUAGUCAUUAAAUAUUGGACUUUCAA